ACAGUCACCAGCGCUCUUUCGGUCACUCUAUCACCACAGCGCUUAAGAGGAACCGUCACGGAUUUGUACUAAAUAUCUCAAGGGAAUGUCGGCCUAUAUUUUUCCAUCACGUACAUUGUUACUUGACUGAAGAAUUUAGAAGCAAUGGAGAGCUGAAGAAAACAAGUCAUACAAACUUUGUUCGAAUAGCUACAUUUCUUGUUGUAGGCUAAAUAGACAGUCUUCUCUCCCAGGACUGUUAAGUUUUUUAUUCUGCAUUUACGUGGAACUUGGAAUCUCAUAUUGGAUUCUCGUUCAGACUGUUCAUUGGAAGUAAAACAAAAAAGCUUCGAGACUUUGAUUCCCGAACCGAACUAUAGGCCUACAUAUUUUUUUCCCUGCUGGAAGAAUUUUGCUGUGUAGUAAUUUCACCUAUUUAAGGUUUUCUUGGGGAUGUUGAGCUCGGUGAAGAUGGAAUCUCACGACAUAACAGAGUGGAAUGCGUUCUACAGUGAAGCGAGUGAGAUGUACUCUUCUCCCAGUGCCAUGAAUUCCAGUCUGGGCGCCAUGGGAACCAUCAACAGCUACAUCAACCUGAACUCGGCCGGCUCGGCGGCCGCCUCCAUGAACAUGGGCUACCCCAGCCCAGGCCUGAGCAGCAGCCCACUCACCUCAAUGGGCGGUGGGGCCAACCACAUGAGCCUGUCCCCCGUGUCCUCCGCCCUCAACCCCAGCUCCCUCACCCAGCUGGGCUCCCCGGCCUCCUCCCUGGGCCCCCUCUCCCACUACCCCAACAUGGGACAGCAGGUGGGACAGCUGAGCUACGCCUCGCCCAACGCCCUCAGCCGCCCCAAGGACGUGCCCAAGCCCUACCGGCGCUCGCUCACGCACGCCAAGCCGCCGUACUCGUACAUCUCCCUCAUCACCAUGGCCAUCCAGCAGUCCGGCAACAAGAUGCUGACCCUCAACGAGAUCUACCAGUGGAUCAUGGACCUGUUCCCGUACUACCGCGAGAACCAGCAGCGUUGGCAGAACUCCAUCCGCCACUCGCUCUCCUUCAACGACUGCUUCGUCAAGGUGGCCCGCUCGCCCGACAAGCCCGGCAAGGGCUCCUACUGGACCCUGCACCCCAACUCGGGCAACAUGUUCGAGAACGGCUGCUACCUGCGCCGCCAGAAGCGCUUCAAGAUCGAGGACAAGAGCGGCAAGAAGGUCUCCGGGAAGUCUCAGGAAGGCGGCAGCGGCGGCGGCGGCAGUGCCAAGGGGGGUCACGGGGACAGCCUCCAGGAGGACCACAGCCCCGCCAUGGGCUCCGAGGGCGCCGACUCGGCCCACUCGGACAGCUCGCACCCGGGCUCGUCGUCCGAGGACCUCCACCAGCAGCAGCAGCAGCAGCAGAGGAGCCUGGUGCAGCUGGAGUGCCCUCCUCCUCCUCCUCCGCCCUCUGGGGUGCAGGGCUCCCCUGUGGCCAUCCCGUCCUCUGUGUCGUCCUCCAUCGCGGCCGGCGCAGGAGCCCACCUGCACUCCCAGUCUGUAGGGGGCAGCAGCGCGCACCUCCUGCAGGGAGGCAUGCACCUGGACCUCCACAACGACCCCCUCAAGUCCAUGGACCCGCACUACAACUUCAAUCACCCGUUCUCCAUCACCAACCUCAUGUCCAACGAGCAGAAGAUGGACCUCAAGUCCUACCAGGACCAGGUGAUGGCCUACAACGGUUACGCCGCCUCGUCGCCCGUGGCAACCAAACAGAUCUACGACCCCGCGGGGCCCGCCGGGCUAGAUUCUGGUGCUUACUACCAGACCCUGUACAGCAGGUCCGUACUCAACGCCUCCUAACCACAAGGGUCAGUAGGGAGCCUCAAAGGCUCUCACAGGCUCUCAAAUCAAGAACUGAGUGACUUUUUUAAUAAGAGAAAAGAGGAAAAAGGGAUGAAAAAAAACCCCUGCUCUACGGACCUCACAGAGGCCCAAAACAAAAUGGCGGCCGCUACUCUUGUCUGCCCUGUUCACGCCGAGCAUGCGAGAGCUAUCAGCUGAUAACGCACGGCAGUGGCGCCUGUAAAGUCACAGCAAGAAAAGAAAAAAAGAGACUCCCAUGCUGUGACACAUACAGACAGACACAGCCCAACAUGUCCCUUCCACCCCCCCACCCCUCCACCCCCCCUCCUCACCUCCAGCUUCAUACUGGAUUGAUUCUGUUUUGACGCAAGGAACCUCUGGACCCCGUCUCAAAGGAUAGUCAUUCCACACCGUGUUAGUGCAUUUAUAAAAGGACUCAUUCUUGUCCCAGAGCCCUAAUAUCGGGGCCAGGCUGUUUUUUUCUUAAUGGGGAGGGCAUAAGGAAAAGGUCUGUUCGGCAUGUGCGUAGUCUGUAUAUAUGUAGAAAUGAGACGGUAUCUGCAUUUAUUUAUGAAGGGAAAAAUUAAUAUAUCUUGUACAGUGCUGUGAUGUAAAGUUACAAAAAAUGUGAUAAUGGGAUUUGUCUUUUUUUCUCAUGAGAUUGUUUGGAAGGAAAAAAACAUAGUUCAGGUUACUGCUUACAGCAGUUGUUACUGCAUUACAGGGAAAUAUUUGUCUUGCGUUACAGUCUAGUCAUCUUUCUGUUUGUAAACUACAUUUCAUUUCUCUCUCUCUCUCUCUCUUUACCCCUAGAAAAAGAAAUACAACUGUAUAAAGGAUA